GGAACCCUUAAAUCUGCAAUCAUUGAACUCAACCGAUUUUACAGAGAUUUUUCGAAUUGUAAAGCUUCACGUCGCCGAAUUUUCCCUCCGGCUGUAGAAUCGCAAAGUUUUCUUGCUGGUUGUCUUCUUUGUGCUGCCAUUGGAAGCCAUGAAGUUGUUGUUAAAGUCGUGAUCGCCGGCUAUCGUCCAAGCUGGCCGUCGAUCGCUUCUUCACCGUGAAGUGGUUGGCUGCUUGAGUCGGCUUUCGAACCGUGAGAAAUUACUGCAGGAUAUAGCAAAACCUAUUGAACAUCAGGAUGAGCAGCGAGGCUUUUGAUGGAGUGAUAUUGGCUGAGAAGUUAUCUAAACUUAACAAUUCACAACAAAGCAUUGAAUCAUUGUCUCGAUGGUGUAUUACUCACCGGAAGAAAGCAAAACAGAUUGUUGAAACGUGGGAUAAACUGUUCAACUCUUCCCAGAAAGAGCAGCGUGUUUCUUUCCUAUAUUUAGCUAAUGAUAUUCUGCAAAAUAGUAGGAGAAAGGGCAGCGAGUUUGUGAAUGAAUUUUGGAAAGUUCUUCCUGUUGCUCUCAAGCAUGUUUAUGAUAAUGGUGAUGAAUAUGGAAAAAAAGCAGUGACGAGACUGGUUGACAUAUGGGAAGAAAGGAAAGUUUUUGGUUCUCGAGGGCAGAAUCUUAAAGAUGAAUUGCUUGGUAAGAAUCCUCGUCCUAUUUCUGUGAGCAAUGGAAAGAGCUCAAAUCCAAUCAAGAUAGUGAAGAGGGAUGUUAAUUCAUUAAGAAUUAAAUUGGCUGUUGGAGCUCUGCCAGAAAAAAUAAUUACUUCAUUUCAGUCUGUACUCGAUGAAAGCCUUAAUGAAGAAGCUGCUUUAAACAAGUGUAAUGCUGCUGCACACCAUGUGGGAAAACUUGGGGAAGAUUUUGAAAACUCUCCAGCUCCAGGAAAUCAGCAUGGGUCUGCAGUGGUUGAUCAGCUACAAGAACAGGAAAAUGUCCUUCAACAAUGCGUUGGACAACUUGAAAGUGCUGAAACAUCAAGAGCUGCCUUGGUUUCCCAGCUUAAAGAGGCACUUCAGGACCAAGAAUUAAAGCUGGAGUUCAUUCGUGCUCGGUUGCAAGUUGCUCGAGGUCAGAUUGAGCGAGCAAGUGAUAUGAGGAAAAGGCUAACAUCUCCUCCAGUUCCUGGUCUUCCAUCUGGCAAUAAUAUUCCAGCAACAGAGUCUGCAAAGGUGGUAGAGUCCAUUAUUCCCUCUAUUCAGCCAACCAGCGCUCCACCUCACUCUCUCAACCAACCUGUCCUUUCAUUUGCACCAUUGAAAGCUACUGAAGAAGAUAACAAGAAAGCAGCGGCAGCUGCUGUUGCUGCUAAGCUUGCUGCCUCUACAUCCUCUGCCCAGAUGCUUACCUCAGUUCUUUCAUCUCUUGUUGCAGAAGAAGCUGCCUCAUUGAAUGGUAGCUUAAACUCUGGUGGAUUCACUGCAGGUUUAUCCAUAUUCCCACCAGAAAAACGGCCCAAACUUGAGAAACCAAUGGCCAUUUCUGAUGUCAGCAAUUCUGAUGUGGGCAGCUCAACCUAUUUUAGCUCUUUACAACAGCAACCAAUGACCAAUAUGCCAGUUGUACUGUCCUCAAGUAUGCAACCGAUGGCCCAAUCAAACCAGAUGCAAUCCCCAUUUGCUCCAGCUCCGCCACCACCUCCUCCACCCCCUCUAUCACCCGUAAAUCCACCAGUUAGUCAAUAUGUUCAGUCUGCUGGUAUGAUGGUUGGUGUCAUGCCAUAUGGUUAUGGAGCAAAUACACUACCACCACCGCCUCUGCUGCCUCCACAUAUUGCAAUGGGUUUGGGACGACCUGGUUCUCAGUCACUCCAGCCUCAGCCACAGCCACAGCCCCAGCAUUCGCAGCAGCAACAACAGCAACAGCAGCAGCAGCAACCAGCUGGAGGAGGAUAUUAUCGGCCGCCAGGCAUUGGAUUUUAUGGGCAGAGCCAGCCUUCAACGCCUCCAGUACCUCGGCAGUAGGCUACCCUCAAAACUCACGGGUGACAGGGUCCUUAAAGAGGCUGUUGUGUAUUGGGUUUUUCAGGCAAAGCCAUCAACCAGUACUUAUCCAACCUCGGCAUGGAGUUUUUCUUAAAAUCAUGAAACUCAUCGGGUCUUCAUGAUCUGUGCUAUUGUGUAAAUUAAUAGAAAUUUAGUUAGAUGUGCAUGUAGACUUAAUAUGAAAUCCUUUCACUGACGCCCCACCUUAGGAUUCAUCAUC